AUGGAGACAAACACGACCAUGCGCGCCAUCCGGUCGGGGGCAGCCCCAGGCCACGCCAAGAUCGUACCAGACGUACCCAUCCCAUCGCCCCUCAUCGCCUUGGCCCAGCAUCCAACAUACGUCCUUGUCAAGCCAUCCUAUGUCGGCAUCAACCCCUGCGACUACCUCUUCGCCGACUACGAGGGCAUGUUCUCACCUGGCAUCACGCUAGGCUGCGAGUACGCCGGCGAAGUGAUUGAGGUCGGCUCCGCGGUGACCAAUGGCCUCAAGAAGGGGGAUAAAAUCGCCGGCCUGGCCAUAGCCAGUGCCAUGCCGAUGCCGAAUGCCGGGACGUUCGCCGAGUACAUCCUUGUGAAAGGAGACGCGGCACUGCGACUUGGGGAAAUGGGCACGGGAAUCAGUGAGGCUGAGGCUGCGAGUGUGAACGUUGCACUUAGUACCGUCUUCUAUGCACUCUACCAUUUGAUGGGAUUGCCAUCUCCAGAUAUCGGUGCAAGUUUCCAUGAAAGUCUGCUUGGCAAAGGAGUCGUGAAAACUACCGAGAGGAGCAUUCUUAUUUAUGGUGGUAGCACGACGACCGGGCUCAUGGCGAUCCAGUGGGCCAAGUUGAGUGGUAUGAAAGUCAUCGCAACCUGCUCCGUGAAGAAUUUCGACUUGGUGAAGGACAGAGGAGCUGACUACGUUGUUGACUACCAUGACGCGAAGAAUUGUGUCGAUAAAAUCAGGAACAUCACGGAUGGUCAGCUGCGACUGGUGUUUGACUGUGUGGGUGCCUUUGAGUCGCCUAGAAUUUGCGCAGAUGCAAUGUCUUCUAUUGGCGAGGGCUGUUUAUACAAUUCCCUGUCUCUCACACCGUUCCCAAGGGAGGACGUGAAGUCAAUAUUCACUCCAGGCGAGGCCGUGCUAGGAGAGGCUCGACAGGUGCGAGGCCAAGUUCUCCCCGGGGAUGAGGAAUUAUUCAAAGAGACCAAAAACUUCUUGCGGUUGACGGAACGAUUCUUCAGAGAAGGAAAGAUACGACCGCCGCCAGUAGAGAUCGUUCAUGGAAUGGAGGAGAUUCUGGAUGUGAUGGACGAUCUGAGGAAGUGGAAAGUCAGUGGAAAAAAGAUGGUCGCUCGCAUAUGA